AUGUUACAGUCAUUGGGUGAAUCAGAUGAUGACUUUGACGAGUAUGAUCCUUAUGGUUUGAACCAAUUAGUGAAAAAUCCAUUUGGAGGAGACCUGGGACCUGAAGUAUUCCCAGAUCAUACUUUCCAGUCGGAUGCUUCAGGGGCACCUGUUUUUGAGAAAGUCCUUGAAGAAGGAGAUGGAGCAAACGAGGAUCCGUUUGAAUACAUUCCACCGACACAUCAUCUAGAGCAGUCGGUUGUACCGAACUCAGCACCGCCUUUGAGAGAACGUAUACACCCGACCCAUGACUACCAAACCUUGCCACGAUACACACGCUCAAACUUCAAACCACUUCCAAUUCUGAAAGACACCAAGACUUCAUCAAUGGCUAUGGGAGGGUCUGGCUAUCAAAUCAAACCUGGGGGCAAGGUAGUCAAACCACCCCCUCCAUAUUCCAUGGAUGACUUCAUGCAGAAAAUGAAAGCAAAUGCAAAGAAAAAGAAGAAAAAGGUAACGAAGAAACGCAGACAGAUGAAAGCACGAACAGCACCUCUAGACGAUAAUGUUGACGUCUAUAUGGGACAUGCACGACAAACACCACUUCCAAGUAAAAUUCACACGCCUAUAGAUUUUGAGAUGUCCCGUAUACCAUCAGAAUCACCGCCUCCGUACGCUUCUCCACAGCCUAAGGGAUCUAACUCCGGUAGCAGCCGUGGUCCAGGCGAUAGUGAAUCCAUCGAAAAUGUGAGUCAGAGCAGUCAAUCACCACCAACGGCCAUCUCUUUCUUAGCUGCCAAACCGCUUCAAGAUUUCCCUCCUGUGGUACGUCCUAAGGAAGCCUUUAUGAAGUCACCAACAGUCACUCCAUCAGUGCCGUCUUCUUCCCAACGAGUUGCUUCUUUCAGCAGUCAGCGUCAAACAACGUCUCCAACAUCACAGACUCAACCAAGAAUAAAAUCGAGUCGUGCUCCUUCUCCUUUCCUAUACAUGCGGGACAAGCCAGAGCGAGAGCCUAUUGAUAUUGACGUGGAUACAGAUAGCACGUACGGAAUCGAGGAAAUCGACAACCCAGCGUUUGAUGGUGAUGGUGGUGGCAUUUCACCAAGUCAGCCGUUCCUUGAGCAAGGCAAACGAAAUUCCCCUGAAUCUGAGGCUUAGUUGGUCAAAACCAUGUGAAGUGAUAA